AUGUCGCGACCAACAUCAAGUAAUCGAAGAUCGUAUUCUCCACAACAUCUUCCUCAUUAUGAUUAUGAUCUUGUCGUUGUUGGUGGUGGUUCGGGAGGUCUAGCAGCGGCUAAGGAAGCAGCAAAACUUAACAAAAAUGCCAAAGUCGCUUGCUUCGAUUUUGUAACUCCAACAUACCAUGGAACCAAAUGGGGUCUCGGUGGUACAUGCGUGAAUGUUGGCUGCGUUCCAAAGAAAUUAAUGCAUUAUGCUGGUACCAUCGGUAAUAUGCUUCACCGUGACGCCGCGGAAUUUGGCUGGCAAAAUGUGGACAAUGGCAAGCAUGAUUGGGCGACAAUGCAAACAUUAAUUGGAAAUUAUAUUAAAUCGUUGAAUUUCUCAUAUAAAGUACAAUUACGGUCAGCAAAUGUGACGUACUUAGACGGUUUAGCACAUUUUCUUGAUGAUCAUACAAUCGAAUGGAAGAGUUUAACAAAAAGUGGUCGACUGACAUUCAGUAAGGCAAUCAUCGCCACCGGUGGUCGUCCGACUUACGGCGAUUUUCCUGGCCGAGAACUAUGCAUCAGCUCCGAUGAUAUCUUUUGGUUAAAGAAAAAUCCCGGUAAAACACUGAUUAUUGGCGCUGGUUAUAUUGCCCUCGAGUGUGCAUCAUUUCUCCAUCAUAUCGGUAACGAUGUAACUGUCAUGAUACGCUCAAGGCCAUUACGCACAAUGGAUCAUCAAUGUGGCGAAAUGAUUUGCGAGUUAAUGGAACUCGAUGGCGUCAAGUUUAUUAUGCCAGCUAAUCCACGCUCGUUUUCCGCAUUAGAAAAGCCAAGUAGAUUAGAAAAUGCCAAAGAAGUUCAACCUGGUGUUUGGGAACAUGGCAAGGAUGCAAAGGGAAAUGAUCAGUUUUUACACGAAUCAGGUGCGAUCGAAGUUCGACAUGCUGAUGGAAAAGUAACAUGGAUUCAACCGAAAGGAGGAAUUGAAAUCAAAUAUGAAUAUGCUGAUCAGCGCAAAGGAAAAAUCCAUUCAGAAAGUUUCGAUACAAUUCUCUUGGCUAUUGGUAGAACAGCAAAUAUUGCUGAUCUCGGUCUGGACAAAAUCGGUGUACAUGUUGUUAAUGGAAAAGUCCUUGUUGAUGAGCAAGAACAAACAAAUCUACCUCAUAUUUACGCAUUGGGUGAUGUAGCAACCGGUGUUAUUCGUCACGGUAAAGAUUUGCAGCAUCAAGCUCAAGUAACAAUUGAACGACCUGAAUUAACACCUGUCGCUAUUCAAGCUGGUCAAUAUCUUGCUCGACGUGUAUGGAAUCUUUCGAAUCAAUUAAUGAACUAUCGAAACAUUCCCUCAACUGUAUUUACGAGUCCAUCGGAGUACAGUUUCGUUGGCCUUCAUGAAGAACAAGCUAUGCGCUCACGAGAAGAUGGAGGAAUCGGUGCAGAAAAUAUUCGAAUUUACUGGUCACGAUUUGGUAAUCUGGAGAUUUCACCGAUACAUCCGCAUUUAAAACCACCUCGUAGCGACUGUUUCGUGGGAAAGAAUUCGUGGUCACAUCGAUACGCUCUGAAAAACAAUGUUGAUUGGCCUGAAGUAACAUAUGACUUGGAAAAUUCCAACUAUGUUCUCUUCAACGACGAGAUUGGCGGACAAAAACGUACUGGCGCACGCGUCGUUAAGAAAUAUCGUAAUGAGAAAUCGAAUAACAAAAUAUCAUAUGAUAUUGAACUUCAAAACGAAGAGAAAACUGUUAUUCAAGGUGUUACCGGUGAACAAUUACAAUUGCAAGAGGAGCAAGAAUUAGAAAAAGCCGAAGUCUUUUACAAAGCUAAUUGUUUAGCAAAAUUAAUCUGUGACAAAAGUCAAAAUGAUCGAGUUGUCGGAUUACAUUUCAUGGGACCAAAUGCCGGUGAAGUUGCUCAAGGUUUCGCAUUAGCAAUUGCAAUGGGAGCAACCAAACAACAAUUUGACGAUCUCGUUGGCAUUCAUCCAACUGCUGCUGAAGAAUUUACUGUUUUAACAGUCUCAAAAGAAUCUGAACAAACAUUACUAAAAGCCGCUGGUUGUGGUGGUGGAUCGUGUGGCUAA